AUGUGCCACACUCAUACUGCUGGUCCGUCGAUUUCGUUUUAUCGAUUCGAAGACGCUGACACUUCGGCUAGGUCACCAUCUCUCCUCCCAAAGCCAAAGGACUGGGCCGAAAACCUUGCAGUGACAGGCUAUACUUCCUUAGACGCCUUGAACAAUUACGCACCUUCUUCUGCACUUGUCGACUUCCUUGCGAAGGGUUCACGACCGAUCUUUGUUGGUUUCGGAUCAAUCGUGCUUGGAAACCCGGAGGAAUUCUUGGUCCUCGUACGCAAAACAAGAAGUAUUUUGCAGACACGAAUGGUCCUAGCCUUGGGGUGGAGCGGCCUUGAAGGUGACAUUCAAGAGUCGGAAGACCUGUUCGUUUUGCGAGACGACUGCCCUCACGAAUGGCUGUUCGCUCAAGUGGCGUGCGUUGUCCAUCAUGGAGGCGCGGGAACCACUGCGGCAGGGCUCCGAGCUGGUGUUCCGACUGUAACUGUACCAUUUUUCGGUGAUCAAUUCUUCUGGGGAGAUGCUAUAUCUCGAGCGGGAGCUGGGCCACAGCCGAUACCGUACAAGACUUUGACGGCAGUUUCUUUGUCACAAGCGAUCCUGUCGGCGCUAAGCCAAGAUGUUGUCGCCUGUGCAAAGACACUCGGCGCAAGGACACAAUCCGAAGACGGCGAAUUAGGCGCUGUCGAAAACUUUCAUGCAUGUCUACCAAACAAAUCUCUCUGUUGUGCCCUGACUGAUCGAGCUGCUUGCUGGCGCUUGAUCUCGACCACAACGCUUCUGAGUCCACUUGCAGCCACUGUCCUGCGAAAAGAAAGGUUAAUCGACUGGGACAAAUUGGAGUUACAUCGAUCCGUGAACUAUGACAUCGUGCACGGACCAUACGAUCCGCUCUCGGGUGCUGCAUGGGCUGUCACGGAUCUGAUUGUGGACGGUUUUCGUGGCAUGGGUGAGAUGAUUGCUGAAGUGGCUCAUGUCCCAAUUGUUGCGCAUCGGGCGACCAAGAGGUCAUUGGCGCGCUUGAAAGAGGCAAAAAUCGGUCAAAACCCAGCCGCUACAACUACUAAGCAGCACACGGCCACCAAAGCAGAGAUGGCGACUCACAAACACAUCGGUGGGUAUAUGCUGACAGGCAUCCUGAGGAUCAGUAAAGCUGCAAUACGAGCACCGGGCGCUUUCACAUCUGCGAUGGCACAAGGGUCUCACGACAUGCCACGACUGUGGGGUGACACCACCGUCAGACCCACAACCUCAACGACGGGUGUCAGGUCUGGAAUAUCAAAUGGCUGUAAAGAGCUAGUGCUUGGAGUGUACGAUGGGACCGCCGGUCUCUUCGUGCAGCCAGUGACAGGACUGAUUAAUGGCGGCCUCCUGGGAUUGGCAAAAGGCACUGCCAAGGGCUUGCUUGGUUUUCCGAUCAAAUUUUUUGCAGCUGCCAACGGAAUUGUGGGCCAUCCUCUGAGAGGUAUCGACGUUGCGAUCAGUCGUGCUCUGAAGUCUGAUGGAAUGAAGGCUAUCAAGACGCAACGUAUGCUGCAGGGCGAGUAUGAGUUUGCGGCAGCGUCUGAAACACAGAAACACGAAAUUACAGACAAGUGGUACAAGCUCGUCGACGAACUAGGAGGCGGUCCGUGA